CUCUCAUACUCGCUCUCUCACUCGCCCAUUCAACUCAGUUCCUUGUCCAAUUCAUCUAUUCGUGCUCGAGCUCGCACACCCCCCGCAUACCUCAGCAAUCAGAAAAAUACACACAAACAUGACCAAGAAUCGAGCCAUCAUGAGCCGCACCAGAAAUACGAACAAAGACCUCGUUUUUGCCUUGUCCCAGCCAAGAGCUCCUUUAACCACCGCAAAGUACUGUGCCAAGAUCACAUGCAAGAACCGAAAACCUCUCGAGAUUUACUUGUUUCUCCUGGGGCACAAGGCCUGUAUCAAGGUCUCAGCCACGAGUAGCCGCGCUUUUGAGGGUUUCAAAUACAUGAGUGUUCUUAAUAGUAAGAACAGGAUCCUUUCUCUCAACCAGACAGGCUGCAAAUCCAGAGAAAUCUCAGUGUAUUUAGACAGGAACUUGGUUCACAAGGAGGGACUCAUCGACUUUAAGAUCCUCUUCCAAGCAACCAAGGCGAUCUACAAACCGCCUGCUACCUACCCUUCGUCGUCUGAUGUUGAAGAGGCGUUUACCCUUGCACCUUUUGUAGCCCAGGCGCCGUCGCGUCUUGAGGCGCCAAGAGAACCCGCCGCCCCAAAUGCGCAUAUUACUGUAAUUGGUCAAGGCCCUUCAACAUGCAAUGCAACGGGGACUGAGGAUCACAAAUUGAAUAACGAUUCUGACAUGAACGAGCGGCUCAGAUGGGACUCACAGCCAACUGUUAUUGAACAGGCGAUAAACAGCAUCUGUGUCCCUCAAUGUGAAGGAUUAUUAACUACGACUGCAGAUUGUGAUCAAGCAACACCAUCAGCUCCUCGCUCACCGGCUUUCAGGAAUGUCCCUCUUUAUAUAUCAUCGCGACCUGAAUUCCAGGACAUGGUCUCACAACGAUCCUCACAGGAGAAUAGCCCACUUUCGUUUGAUCUGAGCGCCGGAUUGGCUUAUGAUGUUCACUUCAGCCACUACAACCCCGUCACUGGCAUCCAUAACCUUGUCGCAACUCACCGAAGUCGACUCCAGGAAUACCCAACUUUGUAUCGAAUCGUCGAAAGAGCGGAGGAUUUCAGAAACGACCUUGCCAUGGACAUGCGAUUUAGC